UGCGAGUCUCGCUUCGACGGCUCUACUCUGGUCACACCCGCCUGCGUAGAUCCUCUCUACGGUGAGCCAAUCAUUGACAGCGAGACCAACGAGACCUCUCCAGGCCUCCAUCGUCACGUCGCGGGGCACUUCUCUAAUACCUCCACUCGCUUCAACUUUUACUUCCCACCCAAAGAUGCAUGGGAUGGCCGCUUCUUCCAACUCGCCUACCCUACCCAGUCCGAAAAUGCCACCGAGGAUACCAUUGGCUUCGGUCUAGACAGCAAGGCCUACACGGUCCAAGUAACAGGGACCAAUGGGUUCCGUGCCGAAGCCGCAGCAGCAAAGUACUCUAGGAUCGUUGCGGCACAGUACUACCGCCUCAGCAGCACUCAGAAUAUCUACGGGUAUGUUUACGGUGGCAGCGGUGGCUCUGAUCAAGUCAUUGGCGGGAUCGAAAACACGGUUGGCGUCUGGGACGGUGCUGUGGCCAUGGUCCAGGCCAUACCAAUUUUCGCACCCAACAGCCCGUCAAUCAGGGCAAUAGCAGGUCUGGUACUGCGGAAUAGGAAGACUGAGAUCCAGGAUUCCCUCAGGCCUGGGGGCAGAGAGGAUCCUCUCUCGAUCCCGUCACUGACUGCAGUUGAGCGGGCUAUGCUGGUCGAAGCGACGAAGCUUGGCGUUCCCAUCCGUGCUUGGGAACAAUAUGACGAGGUCGCAAACAGCUCACAUUUGAACAUCCUGAGGAACACCAUUAUCAAGCCUUCGGACCCUACAUACGCCAAUGAUUGCUGGUCCAAGCCGGGUUACCUGGGAACCGAAGAUAGUGCGCUCGGAAAGAUCAUGAGAGAGGCAGUGGUUGACUUCAAUGCGACCGUCGAAGACGUUCAUUUUGACGAAAAUGGGAAGUUGAUCAGCAUCAGACUUGACACAGUCCCGGAAGCUGUUGCUGAUGUAUAUGGUUAUGACCUGACUUUAUUCGGCGCCGACAACUCUGGACUAGGAAGUAUGAGCGGCACUUUAUCUACGGCUAACAAUACCAUGUCUUUCGCCGACUACACUACCGACGCCAACAACGCCACCCUUACCAAGCUUGUUGCGAAGGGAAAAAAACUCCAGAUCGACAACAAGUCGGCCCUUGCAAUGCAUGCAUAUUAUAGACAUCAGGUCCCAGAACGAGCAGGAUUUUACGGGUUCGAUCAGUUCCGGACUUCCAACGGCACGAGUUGCCUCCAACGCUCUCCCGACACGUCCAAGACCCUCGCCAAAGCCGUCUCUGGUGGCACUCACACCGGCGCCAUCGGAUGCAAACUCAUCGUCGUCCAAAACCUCCUGGACAGCGACGCGUUCCCGUGGCAUGCCGACUGGUUCCGUUCCCAAGUCAAGCAACAGCUGAGAGAUCGCUUCGAGGACAAUUAUCGCCUGUGGUACAACGACAACGCGGAGCAUUUUUACGAAGAAAGGCCUCUGCACCGCCUCAAACUUAUUGUGCCGUACAACGGCAUCUACCAACAAGCUCUACGAGACGUGGCAGCCUGGGCGGAAAAUGAUGUACCUGCGCCAGACGCCACAUCGUACAGCAUCUCCGCCGACGACAACUCGGUCCAGGUGCCCCCUACAGCGGCCGAACGGCGAGGUAUCCAGCCGGUUGUUGGACUUCUUGCGAACGGAAGAUGCAGCUGUACUGUGAAAGCUGGACAGCCGAUGACCUUACGGGCGACUGUUGAUACGCCUCCGGGAACUGGCAAGGUUGUGAAUGUCGAGUGGGAUCUGACUUCGGAGGGCACAUUUACUGAUGUCGGGCCCGCAAUCACGCCUAAACAGACUGUGACGGUCGAGCAUACGGUUGUCUACAACACGACGGGGAACUUUGUUGCCAUUGCUAGGGCAACGUCUCAUCGCGAGGGGGAUCAGGGUGCCGCUUAUGCGAGGGUGAUGAAUCUAGCUCGAGUGAACGUCGUCGUU